AACCUCUCAUUUCACAAUUCGAUUAGACAUGUUGAGCCGCCGCGUCUUGUCCGUCGUCUCCCGCGUCGCACGCUUCUCUCCUGCUGGAGCCCGCGCCUUCCACGUCGAGGCGUCCAAGGCUUCGAUCACGGACGCCAUUGCCAAGGAGAAGGUGCUUGUGUUCUCCAAGACCCACUGCCCAUACUGCGCGCGCGUCAAGGGAACGCUGGACGUGCUGGACGCCAAGUACCAGGUGGUAGAGCUGGACACGUGCGACGACGGCGCUGAGAUCCAGUCGCUGCUGCUGGACAUCACGGGUCAGCGCACGGUGCCCAACGUCUUUAUCAACGGCAAGCACAUCGGCGGCUGCGACGACGUCAUGGUGCUGCACGCCAAGAGCGAAUUGGUGCCCAUGCUCGAGAACUGAGCUGAUGACUAUAAGACCACAUGCACCGUGUCAAUCUAACUGAACAUGUGCAUUGUCAAAGCUUUACGUACGUCAAGCACAGUGUGAUUCUUAUGUGUUGAAGGAGUUACCUACUUGCUUGUUCUCGAUCGCUGACUGCAUUUAGACCGAGGUGGUGCCCGGGCAGUCGUCGAAGUCGCCGAUAAUCAUUUCGUCCAGCGAACGGCCUGCUCCGACCAUGGGGUAGCAGUGCUCGUUCUUCUCGACCAUAAACUCACCUAAGAUGGGGCCCUCAGCAGCGAGGAACCGGGCCAUGUCUUCCUCGAGCGUGUCUUCCUCUGAACAGCGGAAUGCCUCGCAGUUCAUCGCCUCAGCGAACUUGACAAAGUCCGGGUUAUUCAUCUUGGUACCCGAGUACCGCUCCUCGUAGAACAGGUCCUGCCACUGCUUGACCAUGCCCUGGAAGUUAUUGUUAAGCAGCAGAACCUUCACGCCGAUGUUGAACUCAGCAGCAGUCGCCAUCUCGGCAAGCGUCAUGGAGAAACUGGCGUCGCCGUCGAUGUCGACAACGAUGUUGUCAGGCUUAGCGGCCUUGGCACCGAUGGCAGCCGGGAGACCGAAACCCAUCGUACCCAGACCACCAGAAGUAAUCAUUGAGUUCGGACGUGACCACCGGUAGAACUGAGCGGCCCACAUCUGGUGCUGACCCACACCCGUGGUGAUCAGCACGUCAUUACGGCCCUUGGUCUGCUUGUACAGCUCCUCAAUAACACGCUGCGCCUUCAUCGGUGCGCCGGGAGCAGGCGCACGGUAACGGAACGGAUACCUUGCCUUCCAGCCCUGGAGCUUCUUGUGCCAUUCAGUACGCGGCUUGCUCUCUAUCUUAGGCAAGAUCUGCUGCAGAUUGUACUUGGUGUCGCCGAGCACCGACACAUCAGCAGGCACGAUCUUGCCCACCUGCUUGCCUGUGAUCUCGAAGUGGAUGAUACCACCACGUCCCUCAGCGGAGGCACGACGUGCCUCGCGUGCGAAGUCCGGUACACGACCGGUCACACGAUCAUCGAAGCGUGCGCCGAGUGUGAUAAUGCAGUCAGCGUCCUGCAUGGCCUUGUUGGCGUACACAGAGCCGUGCAUUCCCAGCAUGUGCAGACUGAGCGGGUCACGCUCAUCGAAGGCACCCAUGCCCUGCAGCGACGUGGUAACAGGGAUGUUGGCCUGGCGCGCAAGAGCACGGAGCUCCUCGCUAGCGUGCUGAACACCUGCACCGGCGAAGAUCAGCGGCUUCUUCGCCUUGUUGAUCAUCUUGAUAGCGGCAGCCAGGUUGGCGUCCUGGUUCACGCGGUUGCCCUCGAUCUUCUUCUCACCGUAGUAGCCAAGCAGUUGGGGCUCAGUGUAAACGGGGCUCUUGCACAGACCAGCCGUGAUAUCCUUGGGCAGAUCCACCAACACGGGGCCGGGACGGCCGGUCGUGGCGAUGUGGAAGGCUUCGCGAAUGUUGCGUGCCAAGUCGCGCACGUCACGCACCUGCACGUUCCACUUGGUGCACGGGCGAGUGAUACCCAGCACAUCGGCCUCCUGGAAGGCGUCCGUGCCCAGCACCUGGGUGGCCACUUGACCACUGAAUACCACGAUGGGGGUGCCGUCCAUGAGCGCGUCCUGCAGCGGCGUGACGGUGUUGGUAGCUCCAGGUCCGGAAGUCACCAGCACGACACCGGGCUUGCCAGUAGCGCGGGCGUAGCCCUGGGCCAUGUGUCCAGCGCCCUGCUCGUGCCUUGUAAGGAUGAAGUCGAAAUGCUUGCUCUCGUGGAUGGCAUCGAACACCGGGAGGAUGGCACCACCAGGGUAGCCGAAGACGCAGUCGACACCCAUCUCGGCCAGCGUCUCGUGGAAAAUCUCGGCGCCAGUCUUGCCGAUAAACUUGUCUGUGCUCUUGGGCUCCGAGCGCUUGUGCUCUUCCUGCACCUUUGUCGUCGACAGCUCGCGCGAGUUGUCGGUGGCGGCCACCACAGGCGUCUGCAGCCCGCGAGCGGCCGACGAGAAGGCUCUGCGGGCCUGCUGCUGCUUAGUAGCGGUGCGCAGCGCGCGCGUAAGCUGACGGGCUCUCAACAUGGUGGUCUGCAGAGGGCUACGCUAAUCGGGAUCUGACCUCCACCACACCAGAACCGACCGAUGUUGAUGCAGGACGUUUUAUGUAUAGCAGUGACUGCGCAAACGGUUUUAUGACAUUGACUUGGGUUUUGUAUGUACACUA